AUGGCCUCGCUCCCCGUAGCCGCGAACUGGACGGACGGGGGAACAGCGGGUGCGGACGCCGGGAACCCGAGUGCCGCGCUCGAGGCUGGGGCAGCCGCGGGAGAGGCUGACCCCGAGUGGCUGCAACUGCUAGCCCAAGCCGGCAAUCUUUCCGCUUCCUCCUCCACGCUGGGACUGGCCGCGGCCUCCGCGGCGCCUUCGCAGUUCCGGGCCAACCUCACCAACCAGUUCGUGCAGCCGUCUUGGCGCAUUGCGCUCUGGUCCCUAGCAUACGGCGUGGUGGUGGCCGUGGCGGUCUUCGGGAAUCUCAUCGUCAUCUGGAUCAUCCUGGCCCACAAGCGCAUGCGGACCGUCACCAACUACUUCCUCGUGAACUUGGCUUUCUCCGACGCCUCCAUGGCCGCCUUCAACACCUUGGUCAACUUCAUCUAUGCGCUUCACAGCGAGUGGUACUUCGGCGCCAACUACUGUCGCUUCCAGAACUUCUUUCCUAUCACAGCGGUGUUCGCCAGCAUCUACUCUAUGACGGCCAUUGCAGUGGACAGGUAUAUGGCCAUUAUUGAUCCCUUGAAGCCCAGACUGUCUGCCACUGCAACCAAGAUUGUCAUUGGAGGCAUUUGGAUUCUAGCAUUUCUACUUGCCUUCCCUCAGUGUCUUUACUCCAAAACCAAAGUCAUGCCGGGCCGUACUCUUUGCUACGUGCAAUGGCCAGAAGGUCCCAAACAACAUUUCACUUACCAUAUUAUUGUUAUUAUACUGGUGUACUGUUUCCCAUUGCUCAUCAUGGGUAUCACAUACACCAUUGUUGGAAUCACCCUCUGGGGAGGAGAGAUCCCAGGGGACACCUGUGACAAGUAUCAUGAGCAGCUAAAGGCUAAAAGGAAGGUUGUAAAAAUGAUGAUUAUUGUCGUGGUGACAUUUGCCAUCUGCUGGCUGCCCUAUCAUAUUUACUUCAUCCUCACUGCAAUCUAUCAACAACUAAAUAGGUGGAAAUAUAUUCAGCAGGUCUACCUGGCUAGCUUUUGGCUGGCAAUGAGCUCAACCAUGUACAACCCCAUCAUCUACUGCUGUCUGAAUAAGAGAUUUCGAGCUGGCUUCAAGAGAGCAUUCCGCUGGUGUCCUUUCAUCAAAGUUUCUAGCUAUGAUGAGCUGGAGCUCAAGACCACCAGGUUUCACCCGGCUCGGCAAAGCAGCCUGUACACUGUUACCAGGAUGGAGUCCAUGACAGUGGUGUUUGACCCCAAUGAUGUGGUUAAGACCAAAUCCAGUCGGAAGAAGAGAGUGCCUCCAAGAGACCCAAGCUUCAAUGGCUGCUCCCGCCAGAAUUCCAAAUCUGCCUCCACCACUUCAAGUUUCAUAAGCUCACCCUAUACUUCUGUGGAUGAAUAUUCCUAA